AUAUAUAUAAUAUAUAUAUAUAUUUUGUUGUUGUUUGUUCCCAAAGUGUGCUCUUUUCAUUGAUACAUAUGCGACUCUGUAUGUGGGUACACACGCACAGGUACACUGGCGAGGACGGCUUCGAGAUCUCUGUUCCGUCUGAGAAAGCGGUCUCUGUGACCGAAGCGAUAUUGGGAACCGGUGACGUGCGGUUGACUGGCCUGGGUGCUCGCGACAGCUUGCGACUUGAGGCUGGCCUCUGUCUGUACGGGAACGACCUCGAGCAACACAUCACACCCAUCGAGGCAGGUCUUGCGUGGACGGUCGGCAAGCGGCGGAGGGCAGAGGGUGGCUUCCUUGGCGCUGAGGUCAUUCUGCAGCAGAUUAAGGAGGGACCGCCUAGGCGACGUGUUGGAUUGAUCUCCUCAGGGGCUCCUCCUCGCGGCCACUCCACGAUCCUGGAUGAGGCGGGUCAGGAGACAAUUGGCGAGGUGACCAGCGGCGGAUUCAGUCCAUGCUUGAAGAAGAACAUCUCCAUGGGCUACGUCAAGAACGGGUAUCACAAACCAGGGACCAAACUGCAAGUCUCGGUUCGCGGGAAACUGGCCGAUUCCGUCGUCACGAAGAUGCCCUUCGUCCCCACCAAGUAUUACAAGGGGAGCUGAUGAUUCAAAAAAGCAUCUCGCUCCCGGACGAAUGAACAAUACACUUGAAUGCAGUUGAAUACAGUUACUGACUCUAAAAAAUAGAUAGAACUCGAUGAAUUGCGCGAACGAAGAACAAAGCUCCAACUUGAAGUUUUGGUGGCUGGAGAGAGGUGCCCGACUCCGUCACCACUAAGGAUCAUAGCAUUUCCUUGCACUAGGUACGGAAAGUUCUACGACUACUCAAACAAAAGGAAAGAAGGAAAAGAAAGAAGAAAAGAAAGAAGAAAAAGAAAGAAAAAAAAAGGGAGAAGGAGGUAAACGUUGUCCGACUUGCAAAACGAACCAACAAUGCACUUAAAAUUUCUAAGAAUUGAACAAACGGGAGGAGCAAGCAUCCACUCAUAGGAGGCGGCACCUGCAAUCCUCUUGUGUGGACCACCACGGUGACCGUCACGGUGACCAUCAGUUUGAAUUUUGAAGCAUUGCCAAGCAUUAAACAAUAGAUCCAAGUGAUGUUUUGCCCAUGACAAUGUGCAGGUUGUCAGUGAGGCUCGGUACAGCGAGGAUUAAUUCAUCGCUCCACAGAGGGGAAAAAAAAAACAAAAAAAAACGGACAACGGCUAUGAUAGGCAAUUCGAAGUGGAAAACAAAGGAAAAACAGGACAGGAAUUAAGAAGAAGAGGGCAGUGAAGGAAAAGGGAGGAGGGACAGAGGAAAAGCCGCAGUCGCUCAAAAUGUGUGCAUGCAUGUGCUAAUGUGUGCACAUUUCGUGUUGCACUUCAUUGCUCACAUGCAGACAUCUGCGUCUGUGUUUUUGGGGGGGCGGGGCAGGGGGGGGGUGGAGGGGGAGGGAUUGAGGUCUGUUGUCAUGUUCACUGUACACAACUCCACAAGAGAAGCAUUUGACUGUGCCAGACUGUUUCGUCGGACUUUCACCGACUCGUCAGGAGGUUGAACCUGGACAUACAGUCUGCCCAGGAUGCAUUUGACUGAUGGAUAAGGACUCACCACGUCGCCCAGUGGUAGUGACACCCCUGCGAGAGAAAAAAAGCGGUUUCACUUUACUCACACCAACCCUCCUAUUCUGGCAGACUCUGUGUGUUUGUGUGUGUGUGUGUGUGUGUGUCGUGUUCGCUAUACACAACUCCACAGAAAAAAAAGCAUGACUGUGCCAGACUGUUUCGUCGGACUUCCACCGGCUCAUCAGGGGGGGAAAGGUGUGUGUGUGUGUGUGUGUGUGUGUGUGUGUGUGUGUGUGUGCGUGACGGUGUGAAGACGAGUGGAAUUUUCGUUCAGGCAUCCAAGGUAGAGGCUCAGUCUUCCCACUGCAGGAGAAGAGUGAUACGUGAACAGAUUGACUAAUUAUCCUCGGUGCGCGAUUCGUCGAACUACAUAGCAUAGCAGUUGGGAUCAUGGCAGUUGUGCUGUGGAGGCAGUGUGGAUAACUUUCCUCCUGCCUUUUUUUUUUUUUUUUUUUUUUUUUUUCAAAUCUCCCAACUUUACAACUUCACAGGUGCUUUCAGACAUUUUGACCCUUUUGGGAUCGUGCAGCGCAGAAACCGACUUCAGGCUAAGAUUUAAAUUUUAAAAUUUAAAUCCAGUUUUUAAAUGUCAAGUUGAACUGGUUCCGCGGUUAAGGCGAUCGAUUUCUGAAAUUAGCUUCGGUGUCAAGGUCGAGCUCGAGUUGAAUUGCCUCCAUUCAAUGGAUCUCAAAUUCAGACGAGUUUCAAUUAAUUGCAUGUAUCGUACGGAGGGCAUUUAUGAAAUUCGCACAGUCCAUGUCUGGUUUUUCAUUGCUUGAAAGAUUACAAGGAUUGGGCACGUUAACCACAUUAGUAAAUUAGUAAUUAGAGA